CGAAUUCAUACAUCAGGUGAAGCCGGGUACCAAUGAAUUAAAUAGUGUUUGACCUUUGACAUUCAAGAUGGCGACUUCCAUAGAAGCGCGUGCUCCGUCAAAGUUCGGAGAAACAAAUAAAAGGCAUCCAAAGAAAACCUCCAGAUAUUUUGACACAAAUGUUGUGGAGGCAGAGAGUAAGCCAAACUCGGGAAAGCAGCACACCAGGAAAGCUCAGCGAAAAAGGCCCGUCUCAGAAGGUGAAGAAGAGGAGCCAAGAUGGAAGAAAGAGUUCUUAAAGUCGAGGGAGAAGAAGGAUCCAUUUGAAGGACCACCACCCCUCUCAGAGAAAAAAAUCAAGAAAUAUGUGCGAGGACAGAAAAAUAAAGUGACUGCUAAAUCUAUGCCAGAUUUAAGAGUGCGAAAGAGUUUGAAACGUUAUGAGGAGCGGUUGGAACUAGCCUCCAAACAAGCCGCUAGGACAGAGCUACUCCUACCAGAAGACAGCGGGUUCCUUGAAGCAGAUGAAGGGGAAGAGACGUACCAGAUCACUCAACAAGAUAUUAGUGAAGCUGUGGACAUCGCAAGUGCUACAAAAUCCUUUGAGCUGAAGAUGGACCGUUUUGGACCCUACCGUCUAAACUACACCAGGACCGGACGGCACCUCCUCCUGGCAGGGCGUCUGGGUCACUUAGCGGCCAUGGACUGGGUCAGUAAAAAACUCAUGUUUGAGAUCAACGUCAUGGAGUCCAUCCGAGAAGUCAGAUGGCUUCACUUAGAAACGAUGCUGGCUGUUGCCCAGAAGAAAUGGCUGUACAUGUACGACAACCACGGAGUAGAAAUCCACUGCAUCAAGAACAUGAACAAUGUCCUCAGAAUGGAGUUCCUGCCCCAUCAUUUCCUUCUAGCUACUGCGAAUGCUCAUGGCGUCCUACAGUACCUGGACACUUCAGUGGGUAAGAUGGUUAGUGAGAUUCCCACAAAAUGUGGCCGGCUAGACGUAAUGACCCACAACCCCAACAACGCAAUCGUCCAUCUAGGUCAUCCUGACGGCACAGUCACGUUAUGGAGUCCGACCGUCCGAGAGCCUGUGGUCAAGAUGUUGUGCCACAAAGCUGCAGUACGAGCCCUUGCCAUCGACUCGAAAGGACUCUACAUGGCCACAGCCGGUACAGACAGACAGCUCAAGAUAUUUGACGUGCGGACCUACAAGCCGCUACAAGUCUACCGUGUAUCCCGUGGGGCCGGAGACCUCAGUUUCAGUCAGAGAGGCCUAUUGGCUGCCAGCCUCUGCAACGUCGUCGAGGUCUACAAGGAUUGCUGCACAACCACCAUAGACAAGCCCUACAUGAGACAUACCCUGGGUUGCCCCAUCAGCGGACUCAGCUUCUGCCCUUACGAAGACGUCCUAGGAGUCACGCAUUCUAAAGGAUACGCAAGCUUACUUUUACCGGGUGCUGGUGAGCCCAACUUUGAUGCCUUGGAGGCCAACCCGUACCGGUCUAAAACACAGCGCAGAGAGUUUGAAGUCAAGGCUCUCCUAGAAAAGAUUCAGCCGGAGUUGAUCACUCUGGAUCCCCAAGCAAUUGGUUACAUCGACACAGCAACAAUGGACCAACGAGACAAAGAGAAACGAGAACUAUUUGGGAUUAAGCCACCGCCCAAAUUUGAACCUCGCUUUAAGAAGAAGGGGCGGAGCACUGCCUCCAAGAAAGAGCAGAGGAAACAGGGUCACAAGGAGGAAGAGAAGAGGGAGAAGCUUCGACAGGAAAGUUACAAGGUGCAAGAUGAAGAGAAGAAAGCAAAGAAGGAAAAAGAUGCCAAGAAAUCACUGGGACAUCUGACUGCCUUAGAUAGAUUCAAGAAAUGAUGAGACC